GUACGCUAAGACCAAUCCUGGCCUCUGCUGCCCAUGUCUUGUAAAUACUUGUACAGGACUUCGUACUUGGUUUCGUACAAUAAUGUCCCGACCUGACCCAGCCCAGGCCAACUCUGUUUGGCGUCAGAGGCAUCGAGGAUCUCAGGAUCUAAAAGCUACGCAACUAACUUAGUGCUCGCUUUGCCUCCCCAAGCUCAAGCCACGACUCAGGGACCAUAGGCCGAAUGGCUAGCUAAAGCGACAACGAUGCAGGAUGCAUGGAGUACGCAAACGCAUAUCUUUACAGGCUCCCCUGAACGGGCCACCUGUGUCUCGGAGCCAAAAGACGGCCCUGUCUUUCUCCUCACCCUGCCCUCCUGCUCCUCUUUUCACCCCCCCUUCGACCUGCCUCUGGCCUAUUCCACAACAGGUGGAAUUUCCGUUCGUACCCUGGGUGCACGUCCUGCCUUCUAAGACCCGCAGCCCCUGCUAAAUCAUUACUGGGGCCCUGGUCAAGUAGCAAGGGAAGGUUACAAGCGAAGUGAACCCCCGAAGAACGAAUUGCUCCGCAGUGGUUGAAUGAGUAGUGGGAGUGAGCGGGCCAAAACCUAUUACUAUCGUGAGCUUCCUCUCUACACCUCCCCCAUCUUCCACGCUUAUCCGCUCCCUCUCCCUCUCCCUCUCCCUCUCCAUCCGCCUUCCUCGUCCACGCCCAGCAGAUGUGGUCGUUAGUACGUGGGAGCAUUCGAUAGCAUUUGGAGAAGGAAGUUCUAAGAUGGAACAGCAUUGCUCGGUGGAAGCACAGCAACACUCUCCCCCAUUCGGCAUUCUCACCCCCAGUUCAGAGGAGGAUAUCGAAGAAGUUCCCCGACAUCCCAUACGAAACAACUCCUCCUUCGGCAACCGCUACCGCCAACCACGACCUCCCAUCCGGCGUCGAGUUCAUACAAAAGAAACCUGCACGAAGACAUAUCAGAUGUUUGAGAUAUCCACUUCACUGGAGUCGAGGAGGAGUAUGGAUGGGUCUGAUAUAUCGUCGGCAUCAGCUUUGACAAUGGCUACUUCAGCAGGUUCGACGUCUACAGAUCCGUGGAGUUCGUCAGGUUUUGUGGAGGAAGAGGAAGAUGGUGCUGAUUUCAACUGGGAUGAAGAAGAGGGGCUGCUGUUGGUUCCGAAGCUUGAGCCAAUGGAGGAUGAUGUGGUCGAUAUGGAUAUGUCGGACUUCCCACAAAUGUCAACCAUGCAAGAAAGCGUUCCUCCAGAGACUCCAUCUUGUAAUACAACUCCCACUCUUGUCAAGAGACCGCGCGGACGACCUCGGAAACAUCCCAAGCCAACACCCGAGUCGUUAUCUAAAGUCGCAAAGGGACGGUCGAAAACAGGAUGUAUCACUUGCAGGAAACGAAAAAAGAAGUGUGAUGAGACAAAGCCUGGCUGCUUGAACUGUGAGAAGAACUCCGUCACGUGUGAAGGGUAUCCAGAGAAGACGAUAUGGAAGAGCGGCAAAGAGAAAGCUGAAGAAGGUAGGGGUAAAACGCAAAUUCGCCAGCAAGCACUCGAUGAACUGAUCUCGUCAACAGCCCGUUUACGCAGGGCAGGUAGCAUAACCCUGUCAAGUGUUCAGUUACCGUUCCUCAUCAAUGGUCUCGAGACAGAAGGAGACAGAGUAUUCCUACAUCACUACAUCUCACGCUUGAGCAUCAUUUUCACGUUAGAAGGAGAACAUGAUAGUGCUUUCAGAAACAUACUGUUACCGAUGGCCCAACAGCAUUCCGGAUUGAUGCAUUCGAUACUAGCCCUUUCCAGCAAACAUAUCGACUACGCUUCAGCAUACGGCCGUCAAGUUCUUGCAGAGCAUCCCAGUCUCGAUGUAGAAACUCUUGAGAAACGAUCUCAGUUUCAUCAGGAAGAGGCAAUGAAGGAAUUGUUGGGUCAGCCUGCCGACUCAGCACCUAAAGCACCCACCCCAGCAAUCUAUGCUCAAAUGAUAUGUCUUGUCUUACAGACGCUGUCAGAUCCUAACCCCAAUGGCCAGCAUCGAGUCCAUCUCGACCACUAUCAGAGACUUAUCCAAGAGAAUCCCCCAGAGCAAGACGAAUCGAUGAAGUUCAUCCAUGAAUUCUUCCAAUACCAUAUCCAUGCAGAUCAACUGAUCUUCUUCCCCAAAGAUGGAAUUCACACCCAGUACAUAUCCCCGGCAGACGAGUGGAAUCUCCCGGCUACCGUCCUCCAGCCUUCCGCAGUGCGUCUGCUUGGUGUAUUUGAUGGUCUCUUCCUGUACAUGUCGAGGAUCACCAACAUCAGGAAUAAGAUUCGCUACAACCUAGACCACCGCAUCGACCCUGUUCUGGACUACAGCAGCCUCCACGACGCAGCCGAAAUCGACGCCGGGAUCAGAGAGUGGACACCCGCUUGGCCACCAGGAGACCCUCGCGACAACGCCGGUCUCUUGUACCGCCAAAUGAUGUGGAUCUAUCUCUGGCGCUCCGUCUUCCCGCCUCAAACCACCAACUGGAAAGUCGAUCCCAAGAUCACCAGCGCAGUCAACGACGGCAUUGCGCUGCUGUCUCGCUUCGGACCCCGGGAUCCAAGUCAAACUCUCAUCCUCGCCCCAGCAUUCGUCAUCGGUUGCGCAGCUUUCGAGGUCGAGCAGAGGGAGCCUAUUCGCCAAGCCAUCAAGACCGUCAAGGCUUACAUGGAGUACAAGAAUACGGAUACAGCGCUGGAGGUGCUCGAGGAAGUGUGGCGGUUGAUGGACGCCAAGGAUGAGCGGAGCUGGGACUGGCAGGCUAUUGCCUCUCGCAUGCAGAUGGACUUCCUCGCUACAUGAACGGAGCGGAGCGAUGGACAACACUUAUCACUCCCCUGCUGCAAGCAUCCCUUUUUGUUCUUUCUUUUGGUCAUGAACGACAUCUCAUACGAUAACGCUUAAUCUGGAUGGCCUCUUUGUACGACGACGCGACACGAAUGAAUAUGAUACCCCACCUUAACCCUACUUCCACCUCCCCUCUGCCCCUCUCAUUCGCCUCACUCGCCACAUGGGCCGAUCUCGAUCCCGCUUUACCGUUUCUAUCUCGACUCGCAUCUCUGGAGGGCGGUCUUCAUCUUCUAUAUAUUUUGUAUUGCUGCACGCUUUUUUAUCUCCUACCUAGCAUGCCAUGUCAUUUGUCGACUGUCGGCUAUGCAUCUCAGACAGUGUUAUGAUACCCCAUUAGUGGCGGCUAUCUGGCUUGUUAUUUUUGUUAUUUUUUUUGUUUUUCUCUCCUUGGGGCUACGGGUCAAAAUGGGCUGGGACUGGCUGGGCGGUCGGGUUUUGGGUCCGGUUGGGUGUGAUUGGGCAUGGGUGGUCUCUUGUUAACAUUUGUGCAAGGUUCUUGAGCAAGGCAAGGUGGUAUUUUGCUCGAAACUUUUUUCUGGAUCCCCGCGAGUUUUGUUUCACAUUAUAUUUUGAUGUUAGUGUAUAUGUUGCGAUAUGUUUUGCGUGUUCGCAGGUUUGGAGAGCAGGGGGUUAUCUGUAUUUAUGGAAGAGAGGAUGUUUAUCUUCAUGGGUAUCAGGACGGAACACGAGGAUAGUGCGAAUGGAGGUGCGCUUCUAUGCCGAGGAGCGUUGCGGAAAUCAUCGGUCGAUCGAUCGAUCGAUCGAUUGAUUGAUUUGGUAUGGUUGACUUGUCUUGAGGGGAUUGGAUUGGAUUUGAUAUGCGUUAAAGAUAUACCGGAACGGAUAAGCAGCAAUGCUUCUGUGUGAUAGCUAUACCUUGCCUUA